UUUUUUUUACCUAUCAAAAGUUGGGGUAUGCAAAGUUUAUCAAAAAACUUUGCUAAAAAUUAUUAAUUUUUAAAGUGAAUAAAGUGAAAUAAAUACUAUUUUUUAUUUGAUUCUUCACUAUUAGAGAUCUUCAUUAAACAAUCAUGAGUCGUUUCUUUGCUGGUUCAGAUUCUGAAUCAGAUAGUUCAUCUGAGGAGGAGGUUAUUCAGCGCCCAGCAGGGCCAGCAAUAUUCACUUUUUCUGAUGAUGAAGAAGAAGUUAAAAGGGUGGUUCGUUCAGCAAAAGAAAAACGUUAUGAAGAACUUACCAACAUUAUUAAACAAAUCAGAAAUUUCAAGAAGAUUAAGGAUAUGGCAAGCAUGCUCAACAGCUUUGAAGAUCUUCAAAAAGCUUAUGUAAAAGCUGCUCCGGUUAUUACAAAAGAAGAAAAUGGCCAAACUCCUAGAUUUUUUGUAAGAUGUUUAGUAGAAAUGGAGGAUUUCAUUAAUGAAACUUGGGAAGAUAGGGAGUUUAGGAAGAAUAUGAAUAAAAACAACAGCAAAUCAUUAGCUUCCAUGCGUCAAAAGCUAAGAAAAUACCUUAAGGAUUUCGAAGAUGAUAUUGCUAAAUUUAGAGAAACUCCUGAUCAGCCAGAUGAUGAUGAGGAGGAGGAGAAAAAUGAAGUCAAGGAAGACUCUGAUGAUGAACCACCCUCAAAGAAUCAGUUUGUUAAAACUCCAGCAGCUGCUUUCCAAGCCACAAAGCAGGUUGACUCUGAUUCUGAUUCAGAUGAGUGGCCAUCAGAUUCUGAAUCCAGUUCUGAUACAUCUGACGAAGAUGGAAAGUAUAACAGGAAGAGAUUCUUCAAAAAGAAGGAUGGCGAUGAAGAAAAAAAAGAGAAAAAAGAAGAAAAACGCAAAGAAAGAAAAGAAAAGGAAAUUAGAAAGUUGAGAAAACAAGCUGAAGAUGAAGAUGGCGAUGGAGAAGGUUGGGAAAAAGUUAAAUAUGGCAUUGCUAUACCUAGUGAAAAACCCAAAAUGUUUGCAAAGGACGCCGAAAUCGACCUGAAUCUUGUCAUUAAGAAACUAAGUGAAAUCAUGGCAGCCAGAGGUAAAAAGCGUACUGACAGAAGAGAGCAAAUCGAAUUGCUCCACGAGCUGCAGACCAUUUCAGACCAGCAUAAAUUAGGUGCAGCCAUAUUUGUCAAAAUUAAGUUUGCCAUAAUUUCAGCCAUUUUCGAUUACAAUCCUAAAGUGUCUAAUGCUAUGAAGCCUGAACAUUGGAUAAAACUUCUGGAAAGAAUGCACGAGAUGUUGGAUAUUUUAAUGGAUAAUCCAAAUCUUGUGGUUGCGGAAUCUGUAACUGAAGAAAAUGAAAGUUUAGAAGAGGCACCUUUUAAGAUAAGAGGUUGUGUCCUUACUUCUGUGGAGCGUCUUGACGAUGAGUUCACAAAACUUCUCAAAGAAUGCGACCCACAUUCUAAUGAAUAUGUUGAGCGUCUAAAAGAUGAGUCUAAAGUAUCAGUCAUUAUUGAUAAAACCAUGAAGUACCUGGAAAGGUCUAAUGUUCCUUCUGAACUGUGCCGAAUUUACUUGCGCAAAAUUGAACACAUUUACUACAAGUUCGAUCCCAGGGUGCUACAGAAAAAGAACAAUGAGCUACCCAGCGACAUCGUCACUUCAGUUCAAGAAAUGAACAGACUCUGCAAAUUCAUCUACGCAAAAGACAACACCGACCGGUUGAGAACCAGAGCCAUUUUGUCUCACAUUUAUCAUCACGCUCUGCACGAUAAUUGGUUCCAAGCCAGGGACUUGGUUCUGAUGUCUCACUUGCAAGAAACCAUUCAGCAUUCCGAUCCCAGCACUCAAAUUUUGUACAAUCGUAUGAUGGCUCAUCUUGGACUUUGUGCUUUUAGGCACGCCAACAUCAAGGAUGCUCAUAAUUGUUUGGUGGAUCUUAUGAUGACUGGCAAACCCAAAGAGUUGUUAGCACAGGGUCUUUUGCCACAAAGACAACACGAACGUUCCAAGGAACAAGAGAAAAUCGAAAAACAACGUCAAAUGCCGUUCCACAUGCACAUCAACUUGGAACUGCUGGAAUGCGUUUAUUUGGUGUCUGCAAUGUUGAUCGAGAUCCCAUAUAUGGCGGCUCACGAAUUCGAUGCUAGACGCCGCAUGAUUUCCAAAACGUUUUACCAGCAACUGAGGUCUUCAGAGAGGCAGAGUUUAGUUGGUCCACCGGAAAGCAUGAGGGAACAUGUGGUGGCUGCUGCUAAGGCUAUGCGGAACGGUAACUGGUCAGCAUGCAAUAAUUUCAUUAUCAAUGAAAAGAUGAACGCGAAAGUUUGGGAUUUGUUUUAUCAAGCUGAUUCUGCUAGGGCAAUGUUGACUAAAUUAAUCAAGGAAGAAUCAUUGAGAACUUAUUUGUUCACUUAUUCCCACGUCUACGAUUCCAUUUCAAUGUCGACUCUGUCUGAAAUGUUUGAACUGGAAAAACCUGUUGUCCACUCGAUCAUUUCCAAAAUGAUCAUCAACGAAGAAUUAAUGGCUUCCUUGGACGAUCCUACUCAGACUGUAGUGAUGCACAGGAGCGAACCGUCAAGGCUGCAAUCUUUGGCCUUACAACUCGCUGAUAAAAUUAACAACUUCGUCGAUUCCAAUGAGAGGAUUUUGGAAACGAAACAGGGCAACUUCUUUUUACGUGGUGGAAAUCAGGGCAACUUCCGAGGCGACAGGCAAAACUACAGAGGCAACAAUCAGAAUUGGGACAGGCGUCGUGAGCGCGAACACAGGAACAAGGAAAACUAUUAGGAAAAUCAUAAUUUUGUACUGUUUAUGCGUUUGUGUCUUUGUAAAAGUUGCCCCCCUACCACGUAUUUUAUUAAUUUAACAACAUGGUCUUCUAUUUUCCUAGUUUUAGGGUAAUAGGAGUCAAAAUUAAUAAAUAUAACGUUAUAUUGGA